AUGGUUAAAUUACUUGCAAAUCCACUUCCCAUUGAUCCUGUGACCCAAAAAGCAGAUGCAAUUAACAUUUUUAGCGUUCAAAGACCUUACAUGAGAGCAUUUCAUCUUUCAUGGUUUUCUUUCCUAACCGCUUUUACAGGCUGGUUCGCUAUUGCACCAAUAAUGCCCGCAAUCAAGAAAGAUCUCAACCUAACGCCAUCACAAGUUGGAGAUAGUAAUCUCACCUCAAUAGCAUCUACAAUUAUCUUUCGUGUGAUUAUUGGACCAUUAUGUGAUCGUUUUGGACCCAAACGAGUAAUGACCGUUUUACUUGCGGCCGGGGCCAUUCCAGUCGGUCUUAGCGGUUUAGCCAAUAAUGCUUCUGAAUUCAUUACACUCCGAUUCUUCAUCGGUAUCAUUGGGGCCACUUUCGUACCAUGUCAAUUUUGGACCACCCAAAUGUUUAGCAGUUCCGUGGUUGGAAGUGCCAACGCUUUAGUAGGAGGGUGGGGAAAUAUGGGAGCCGGAGUAACUUACGUUAUAAUGCCUUUUGUGCUUGAAGGAAUUUUAAGUAGCGGAGUGAGUGACCACAAUGCUUGGAGAAUUGCUUUGGUUGUUCCAGCCGGACUUUGUCUCGUUGUAGGAUUAAUGUGCUUAUUACUUUCCGACGAUUGCCCUCAAGGGGACUGGUCUCGACGCGGUCUUUCCAUUGAACAGUCCACUGAUGUUGAAGCUCAUGAAGUUUUUCAUGAUGUUUCGGAAAAGAAAAACGCAAAUAAAGUUGAAAAAAAAGAAAAUGAUGCCGAAAGCACUUAUUCAGAUACCAACGCCCCAGCACAAAAAUCGACAAGACCAACUAUUGGAAUGUUUUUCUUGGCGCUUAAAAAUCCAAAUGUCAUAAUUAUGAUGUUUAUGUACGCUUGUUCUUUUGGUAUUGAACUUGCCGUCGACAAUGUUAUUGGAUAUUUCUUUUAUGAACAUUUUAAUCUCUCACUAAAAAUGGCUAGUUUAAUUGGAUCAUUAUUUGGUUUGAUGAAUCUUUUCUCUCGUGCCACUGGAGGUUUCUUGUCCGAUUACUUUUACAAAAGAUCGGGUAUUCGAGGUCGAUUACUCGCUUGUUGCGGCUCAGUUUUUGGAAUUGUACCAUUUGUUGACCCAACCAUUGUAGGAGCCAUAUCAGGAUUGGUUGGAGCUGGUGGAAACAUUGGUGGUUUGAUAUUUACUGGUGUAUUCAAAGCUUAUGCUCAUGAUACGCCCGCCGCAUUUUUGGUUUUAGGAGGUGUGACAAUGUGUGUGUCACUUAUGACCUUUUUGAUAAAAAUUGAUGGACGCAUGUUACUUGAAAUUAGACGAAAAUAA